AGUUUACCAUUUGUUGUUUCCAAAUUUAUUUUGCAGGCGAUGAAUUUCCCUUACAUUUUUUUGUAGAUAUCAAAAUAAGAAGUGUAAAAACUGUGUAAAAAAAACAAGAAAGAAAGCGGUUUUAGUGCAUAGGAAGAUGAUAGAUUGCGUACCUGAUUCCGGAAUGAGUCUACUUAAAUGCCAUUAUAGUUAGGGAUUUGAAGUUUAAUUUCACAAGUCCUUUUAAUGUUUAAAUAAUGAAGUCCAUGGUAUUUAAAUCAUUUCGACACCAAUAACUAAUAAUAACCAAUAACUGGUUUUCAUUUUAACAAAAUCUUCAAUGUUCUUACAAACAAAAGUCGGGAGCAUUGUUAAAAAGAUACAAAUUCACAUAGUUAAAGCAACAUAAGAAAUUAAGAGAUUUUGCAAUCUGGAGAUGAAAUCACUAUUAUUUUUUAGUUCUUAGCGUUGUAUUAAAUCCCAAACCUAUUGGAUAAACAGUACUCCUAUAGGAAAAAUUCAUUAAUCCAACUAGUUCUAAUGUAAACCAAGGGUUCAAGGUCCAAAGUUAAGAUAGGUUUUGAGUUUAAUUUAUAAUAUUAUCUCCUGCGCUUAGAAGCAAUUAGUCUACAGAAAACUUUGAUCGAAUUAGAUAAAAUUCUAUGAGAGUAAAAAUGAAAAUGGUAAAAUUAAAAGUUUUUUUACCAGACUUUCUAAGCCAAUAUUCAAUGUCAUGUCGGAGGUGAACUUGAAAAUAUGUGUGGGCGAACGAAUCGGAAGCGGUAGCCAACGUUGAAGGUGGCCGAAAGUUUCAAUAAAUCGAUUCCAGCAAUAGUACGUUGCCAUGGCAAUUGAAAGUCCUUUGCAGGGCCAAACAUGUCAGAAACAUCGCCGUAAACAAAAUAAAACUGAUGCCACUCGAAUAUUAAAAUGGGAAUGUUGCACAAUUUGGCCGAUUUGAUAAAGAUUAAAAAGGAUAAAAUGACGAUUCUGGUGCUGGGACUGAAUAACAGCGGAAAGUCCUCGAUAAUCAAUCAUUUUAAAAAGUCCAGCGAACAGACUUCCAUCGUAGUGCCUACAGUUGGCUUUAUGGUGGAACAGUUCUAUAAAGUGCUUGUGGAAUAUUCAUUUUCAUAUUUAAUUUACCAUAUAAUUCUCCUGGAAACAGGCAUGUCGGGCGUUUCCAUAAAGGCAAUUGACAUGUCCGGCGCCACACGUUACAGGAACCUCUGGGAGCACCAGUUUAAGAACUGCCAUGGAAUUAUUUACGUCAUUGAUUCCAGCGAUCGCAUGAGAUUCGUGGUCGUUAAAGAUGAGUUGGAUCUGGUGCUACAGCAUCCUGACUUGUCCAACCGUAUUGUGCCAAUUCUGUUCUAUGGAAAUAAAAUGGACAUGGAGGACUCCCUGUCCAGUGUGAAAAUUGCAGCAGCGCUUAGAUUGGAAAACAUCAAGGAGAAACCCUGGCACAUUUGCUCCAGCAGUGCCGUAUCCGGCGAAGGUCUUGGCGAGGGUGUCCAAUGGCUUAUCCAGCAAAUGCGAUUCGCCAUGUUGAACAACAAAAACGCCGCCAAAGCCAGAUCAAAGCACUCCAAAUAGAUCUAAAAUUUCAUCCACUUUUCUUGAUGUUUA